AUGAAUUUCUCAGCAUUGCAUGUGGAUGCACUUCAGGAGGAAAACAACCCCGUUCUGCAGGCAACAAAACCUUACUCUGCAGAUAUAUUGCCUUACCUAAUGAAGGGACGUUACUUCAAUGGGUCCAAGUCAGUUGGCGUGAAAUUCGCAGACCAUUUUAAGGAGAUUCCAGGAAACAAGGCCCAACAGCCUGAGGUAACAAUUCCAAUGGUUGCUUUGACCAGCACUUUGGUGUAUGCUGCGCUCUUGUGUAAAUCCAACAAAUCUCCCUCCAAGUUCAAUUUCAUGGGCAACCAGUUCAGCGUGGUCUAUACUUUCCAUGUAAACUUUCUCAAUGAAAUGGAGGAGAAUGCACCGAGCAAGUUUCACAAGCUGAUGGCCAACAUUUUCUCAGCUGUCCAGAAACUCUGCUCCAAUGGUGCUGCUGCUGUAGUGUCACACAAAGAUGCUAUGGCUUUCCUCGACCUUGAUGGCAUGGAUGACAAUGAGUAG